AUGUGCCCUGAUUUAUUUUAUGAAUACAGAGAACAUUUUAUGCCACAAAUUGCCAACACAUUAACCAGGUUAGGAUUACUCCAAAAUGCAACACCUGAAACCAGAUUAUUAACAAUAGAUCUUGCUGAGUUGAUUCUCAAAUGGGAACGUUGUCGCCUCAAUGAAAAUAAUAUGAAUGAACAAAACAUUAGUAGCCCAGCAUCAUCUACUCCUACUGCGAGCCCUGGAAAGCGACGCUUAGAGUUGGAAACUGAGUUUUCACCAAAAAAACGACAAAAUCUAGAAUAUGGUUUUUCAGAAUCAAGGAAUUUAUCUGAAUACAAUACAAAUUACAUUCCCAACAAUUAUUUACGCGAAAACGUUGUCAAUUAUCUUGUCAGAUUUGUGUCUGCUUCCAGUGACCCUAUUAGUAAAAAUUUAUUAGCACACAGAGCUCUUGAUCUAAUUAAGGAACUUUUACAGCCUGAGUUCUGGCCUGAAGUUAAUGUGAAAUUGAAUUCUUUUGAACGUGCAUUGAAAUUUAAUGAAGUUAGCAAUAAUAUAGACUGUAUUUGUAAUAACUUAGAAGCUUUAAAUGUUAUUUUGGAAAAGAAACCCUCGGAAUAUUGUCGUACAAAUUUAGUUCAUCUACAACCAUUACUUGAACGUAGUAUUAUAAGUAAUAUUAUGUGUAUUCAAAGAUGUCUUAAUCCUGUUUUAAUUCACAUAUAUAAAGCUAUAACUCCACCUCUUGUUGAAGACGAAUUAACUCAACAAUCUGAACAAACUAUGACUGCUACAACUAAAACAAACAUUACAAACAUAGUACCUGCAUCAACAUCAACACCAUCAGCGAUGGAAACAACUACAACUAAAGCUACUAGUAGUACUAACACAACCAUUGAAAUUAUAACAAACACUUCUACACCAGGUGCAGAAAUAGGAUCCUUUACUCAAUUAGUUAAUAAUACAAUACAAGACGCUAUUCAAGAUCCCAACAAUUUAUAUCAAGCAAUGAUGUUAUUAAAAGCUAUCAGUUGUACUAUACCAAAAAACAUCGAUCCUUUUCUAAAUGGAAUAAUUAAUUCAAUACAAACACUUAUAAAAAGAAUAAUUCCGCAAGAAACAAGUCCUACUAAUAAAUUAAUAACUAAUCAACAAUCCUUAGACACUUAUAUCAAUGUGCUUAUAAUUGCAUUAAAUUUAGUCAAUUUAAGAAUAACAGAACUCAAUGAAAUGAGACAAAGUUUUACUGCAUCUCUUUUACAAUUAAUUGAAAACUCAAAAGAUAUUGAACUGGCAAAAACUAUUUUUAACAUGGUGAAACAAUGGAUAUUAAACAAAGAAUUAUUGCCUACUAUAGAAGAAAAGACAAAAUUAUUAGUUAGCAUGUUGUGCUAUGAAAAAUUGGAAGAUAAUAGUUUGAUUGAAAAUGUAUUUGAACUUGUUAUUAAAAUAUAUAGCGAUCCUUUAUUUUCAAGGAGUGAAUUGUCAGUUAGAUUAGAAAAGGCUUUUUUAAUGGGAACUUGUUAUAAACAUUCCAAAAUUCGUAAUCAAUUUAUGGAGAUCUUUGAUCAUAGCUUAUCUAAAGUUUUACCACCACGGCUUCAUUAUAUUCUUGAUAAGCAAAAUUGGGAAUUACUUGGUGAUUAUUUCUGGAUACAUCAGGCUUUGGAUCUUUUAAUCGGCGCAAUUUCUCAUAAAAAAAGUAUUCAAAUGACACACAAUUUACAAAUCAAAUCAAUCGCAACACUAGGUGAUUUAUCAUCUUUUACAGAUUCUUCAGAAAGCAUUGAUCAAAAAUUUGAGGAUUUUCUGCAAAAACACAGGGAAUUUUUAUUUGAAGUUAAAAAAUUAUGUGUUGGAGAUCUAUUAUCACCUUUAAAACAGCUCCACCAAUUAGACAAUAAAAUAGCAUAUGAUUUAUGGGUCCAUCUUUUCCCAAUUUGUUGGUCAGCUAUAAACAAUAAAGAAAGACAAGAUUUAACCAACAAAUUAGUGACACUUUUAUCAGAAGAUUAUCAUGAUGUUCAAAAAGAUUUCCAACCAAAUUGUAUACAAGCAAUAUUAGAUGGAAUAUCACAUUGCUCACCUGUUCUGAAAUUGCCGCCACACUUGAUUAAAUACCUUGGUAAAUUACAUGGGGCUUGGCAUAUUGCAAUGGCAAUUUUGCAAAAUGCAACGUCCGAAAAGGAUAAAGAUGAUGAAAGAUUCAAAGAGCUUACUAUAGAUGCCUUGGCUGAUAUUUAUUCCAGUUUAUCAGAGGAUGAUAUGUUUUAUGGUCUAUGGAAGAGGCAUUGUAAAUAUCUUGAAACCAAUAUUGCAAUUUCAUAUGAACAAAAUGGAAAUUGGUUACAAGCACAGAUAGAAUAUGAAAACGCAUUAAAUAAAUCAAAUACUUCAGGAUCAAUAUGUUCUGAAACUGAAUACAUAUUAUGGGAAGAUCGUUGGAUAUUAUGUGCAGAAAAAUUGCAACAAUGGGAUAUUCUUUAUGAUUUAGCAAAGGAUGAAAACAACAAAGAUUUACUGUUAAAUUGUGCAUUCCAUUUAGUAAAUUGGACAAAUGAAAAGGAACUAAGUGAACAAAUUUCUUAUUUAUCAUCACUUGAAAUAUCCAAAAACCCGCAAUAUAAAAUAUUUGAAUCAUUCAUAGCUUUAAUGAAUUCAAAUCAUACUCAUAAUUUUGAUGAUUAUAAAAAGUUUAUCAGAGAAGCCAAUCAGUUUGCACUACAAAAAUGGUAUACACUUCCAAAUAUUGUGUCAGAAAGCCAUAUACCAUUAUUGCAUUCAUUUCAACUUAUGGUGGAAUUUGAUGAAGCAACUAAAAUAUUUUCCAAUUUAUCAAAUUGUAAUGUUCAAAGCCCAGAUAGUCAAAAUGAAGUUAGAAAUGUUCUUUCAAGUUGGAGAGAAAGAUUACCAAACAUGUGGGAUGAUAUUAACAUUUGGAGUGAUGUUGUUGCUUUUAGAAAACAUAUUUUUAAUGUUAUUAGUAAAUCAUUUGAACAGUUUCAAAACAUACAAGUAAAUUCUAAUCAUCGUGGACAUCAUGAAACUGCAUGGAUUAUCAACCGAUUUGCACAUGUUGCAAGAAAGCAUCAACUUUAUGAUGUUUGUACAGAAUUUUUGCAAAAGAUUUAUGCUUUGCCAAAUAUUGAGAUUAAUGAAGCGUUUUUGAAGCUGAGAGAACAAACAAAAUGCCAUUAUCAAAAUAAUGAAAUGAAUCAAGCUCUAGAUGUUAUAGUUAAUACAAAUUUAAACUUUUUUAGCACACAACAAAAGGCAGAAUUUCAUACUUUACGAGGAAUGAUAUAUCUUAAGUCUAACCGGGACCAAGAAGCUAACGAAUCAUUUUCUACAUCUGUAACAAAUGAUAUGCGUCUUGCCAAAGCUUGGGCUGCAUGGGGUUAUUACAAUGAUCGCAAAUAUAAGGAGAAACCUAAUGAAAUUGUUUUGGCUGUAUAUGCUUUAACUUGUUAUUUACAAGCUGCGAGUCUUUAUAAUUCAGCUAAAUCUAGAAAACUAGUAAUUCGUAUCUUAUGGCUUUUAUCUCUUGAUGAUGCACAAGGAACGAUUUCAAUUGUUUUUGAGACAUUUUUCAAUAAAACAGAAGUUCCUGUAUGGUAUUGGAUAACUUUCAUACCCCAACUUAUUAUAUGCCUAAUGCAUAAAGAGGCAAAGCAUGCUCGUGGCAUCCUUAUGAAAAUUGCUAAACAAUAUCCUCAGGCAUUACAUUUUCAAUUAAGAACAGCAAGAGAAGAAUAUUUGUUGGUGAAAAAACAAGUAGCCAUUGCUCAAACACAAGCUCGUGCAGCACAACUAUCAUCAACUAUUGCUAAUAAUCCAGGAGCAUCAUCAACACAAUUAGUGACUCCUGUGAUUUCUUCAACAUCACAAAUUGGUUCUAAUAUUGCAAACAUUGGAAAUGUACAACAACCAAUCCCACAAAAUAUUGGACAGAGUAAUUCUAAUCAAGGAAGUCCUCCUGCUCAAAUUAAUAUUCUUGGAGUUAAUACCAAUCAAUCGAAUCAAAUGUCUUCUCAACCUCAAAGUCCUGCCAUACAAGGAAUUAAUGUUCUAAGUAUGUCAACGCCUCCAACUCUUUCCAACAAUAUCACAGUACAAAAUAUGCAAAACAUUAAUUAUUUGUCUAAUGGAAAACUGUCUGCUAAUUCUUUAAGUAAUAUGCAAGGUACAACUCCAACAGUUGCUGAAACAGGAAUAUCGCCUAUUACACAAUCACCUGGAAUGAGUCCAAUUCAUCAUCAACGUACCUUGCCAAAUAUUGCGACUACACCACAACCCCAACUCAUAAUAAAGCAACCAUGGGAACAUGUUGAAGAUAUAAUGUCUACUUUAAAAACAUCUUUUCCUUUAUUGGCUUUAACAAUGGAGACUAUGGUUGAUCAAAUUCAACAACGUCUUAAGCCAAAUUCAGAUGAGGAUAUUUAUAGAUUGAUUGUUGCACUUUUAAAUGACGGUUUACAGCAAAUAACAAAUAGAUUGACUCAAAAUCAUGACAUUGAAUCAAUUACACACACAACUGAAAUGAAUGUCAAAAGAUUUGCUGAUAAUCUAAGUCUUGGUCCAAUAAAGACUGCCUUUGAAGAUGAUUUUAUUAAAAGAAAACCUAAUUUCACACAAUAUGUUGAAAAUCUUCGUAGAUGGAGAGACAAGUUUGAGGUUAUAUUGGACAGCAAACCACGUAAACAACAUCUAGAAUAUUUUAGUGCCUAUUUGGUUGAAUUUCAGCAUCAAAAAUUCGAAGAGGUAGAAAUUCCUGGACAGUAUCUAUUGCUUAAAGAUAACAAUAAUUCAGAUUUUAUUCGUAUUGAUCGUUUUAUGUCAGAAAUUGAAAUAAUUCGAUCUCAUGGUUUUUGUUAUCGAAGACUUACUAUACGAGGACAUGAUGGUAGUCUUCACCCAUUUGCAGUUCAGUACCCAUCAGCAAGGCAUAGUCGACGUGAAGAGCGAAUGUUACAACUCUUCAGAAUCCUAAAUAGUGUAAUCGAACAUCACAAAGAAAGCCGUAAACGAAAUCUAUCAUUUCAUCUUCCUCUAAUAAUUCCAUUUGCUCCACAAGUUAGGAUAGUGCAGGAUGAUCCAUCAUACUGUUCUUUACAAGAUAUAUAUGAAGAUCAUUGUGAUGAUAUCAAGAUAUCAAAAGAUGAGCCCAUUAUUUAUUUUAUUAAUAAAAUGAAAUCCAAUAUAAGUCAUACAAUUACAAGGAAAGAUGUUAUAAAUCUCAAAAUUGAGAUAGCAAGAAAUAUUCAAUCAAAGUAUAUACCAAAUGACUUCAUUGCCAAAACUAUCAAAUCACAUGAGGAACUUUGGUCAUUUAAGAAACAUUUUACUUCACAAAUGGCAUCUGUAUCUUUUAUGACAUAUCUAAUUUGUGUUGGUCAAAGACAUCCACACAAAUUUCUGAUAUCUCGAAAUACUGGUAACAUUUGGUCCAGUGAAUUAAUUCCGAGUUUUGCACAAGGAGCUCCAAUGUUUCAAAACCAGGAACCUGUUCCUUUCCGGUUUACUCGCAGUAUACAACAAUUUAUGACUCCAAUUGGUAUAGAAGGAAUUUUUUCUUCAGCAAUGCUUGCUAUUGGUCGAUGCUUGACUGAACCAGAGUUUGAUUUAGGCCAAUACUUGAGUAUUUUUAUUCGUGAUGAGUUAAUCACAUGGCAUUAUAUAAGUCAAAAACACCCUAAUGAUCAACUGCUUCGACAGAAAGUCUUAGAAACUGUUGAUCAAGUUGUUAAUAAGGCAAAGAUGAUUGGGAAUAUUGAUAGUAAUUGUGAUAAGAAUGGUAAUAGGUCAAUGUAUAGCUCAAUUUCGGACUUAAUAGCAAUGGCAAGUAACCCACAAAAUUUAGCAAAUAUGGAGGUUAUAUGGAUGCAAUGGUUAUAA